AAUCAGUUCUCUAGUUCACACAGACCCGUCUUCUUUGCUCACUACUAUUACAAACUUCCAAACGUGGCUGUAUUUCAGAAAACAUGGAGCAAGUGGGGAACAAGUAUUUGUGCCAGGAUUAUUUCAGGUGUUGUUGGUUAUAGUUUAAUAUUCAUGUUAGUAAAGCAUGAUGCUAGAAGCUUGUACACAACCUUACAUAAAUUCUCUGUAACCAUAAUGUCUAACUUACCAUAGUUACUACAGCUUUGCGCUCUUCGAUGAACUUACAAUUUGAGGAUGGUAUAUUCAUCAAAGAUUACAUCAGGAUGAUGGCUUAUAUGGUUGUGUUUUGUUUCACACUGGCGAUUUCAUUAUCGUUCUGGGUCCUGUCUAUAACUGCCAGCACUUACUACGGUACUCUGCAGCCAGUAUCACCAUGGCGGUGGCUGUUCUCAGUGCUGGUCCCUCUUUUCAUCACAUUUCGAGCCUAUAAACGCAGGAGUCUUGAUCAUGGUGGUGCCAUAGGAGCAAUGCUGGUUGGCUUUGCUCUUACUAUGGCCAACAUGAGCUUUUUUGCAGCUUUGUUAACCUUUUUCAUCACAUCCACCAAACUAACCAAAUGGAAGGGGGACAUCAAAAAACAAAUCGACUCCGAUUAUAAAGAAGGUGGCCAGAGGAACUGGUUGCAAGUUUUCUGUAAUGGUGGAGUUCCUACAGAAUUGGCCCUGCUCUAUAUGAUUGAAGCUGGUCCUGGAGAAAUACCUGUGGAUUUUGGGAAGCAAUAUUCUGCUUCAUGGAUGUGCUUAUCCCUAUUAGGAGCCCUGGCUUGCAGCACAGGAGACACCUGGGCUUCUGAAGUGGGUCCUGUGCUUAGUAAGAGCAAGCCCAGGCUCAUCACCUCCUGGAGAGAUGUCCCAGCAGGUACCAAUGGUGGAGUCACUGCUGUUGGAUUGGUGGCCAGUGUUUUGGGUGGAGGCGCAGUGGGUGUAGCGUACUUCUUAACGCAACUCCUGCUGGUAAAAGAUUUGCAUUUGGCAGUUCCUCAGUGGCCUAUCAUCUUAUAUGCAGCAAUAGCUGGCCUGUUUGGAUCUUUGCUGGACUCAUUCCUCGGUGCAACCAUGCAGUAUUCAGGAUACGAUGAAUCCAUCGGGAAAGUCGUGAGUUACGAGUCACCAAGUGUUAAACGAAUAUGUGGGAAACCCAUCCUGGAUAACAAUGGAGUGAAUCUGUUCUCUUCUGUCCUUAUAGCACUGUUCCUGCCUGGGUUUGCUUGGAUAUUCUGGCCUAGGCUCUGAAUCAUGUGAUUUUAUUGUGUGCAUAUCAGUUUAUGCUAAAAACAAUACCAUUAUUAUACACUGACUUUUUAAGAAUUUAAUCAAGCACAAUGUGAACUCAAUUUCUUUCUUUCUACUAAUUAUAUUGAGAUUUUGAAUGGACUUUAAAGGUGAAGUGUGUGUGUUUUUUUGGAUGUUAAAUACUUGAACAUACGAGGAGAAAUAUGGAAAUGAAAUCCCUUACUUAUAUUCCCAGCCUUAAUAUAAGCCAUCAAAUAGGUCAAUGCAUUUAACCCUUACAACAUAGUACAAAAUACUGUAAAAUCAUGAAUAGUUUCCAGCCCACUACAGUUCAGAUCACUUCAUUACAUGCACACUAUGCAAUUUUUGUAGUCCAUUUCUCAGAUUACUAAAACACAUUGAGUAAAUAUCCUUUUCUGUACUUUUACACAGAAUGUAUUAUGUCUGUCUAUGCCACUUAUGUCUACUGUACUGCUGUGGGUUCUGUUGUUCUGUGUAUGUCAGAGAUCAACACAUUGAAGCAUGUCAUUGUAAUAUAUGUGUACUUCAUGUAAUAAAGUACCCUUACAUACAAAGCA